UUGCCGUGGUUACAGCCAGACAGGAAAUGCAAUGCGGCGGAAGGAGAGUAGCUUUAGCAUUAGCAUGUAAACACCUGCGACUUCAGUCGUGUCAGUCGCUCUGUUCUUCCUGUCCUGCACUGUAGCUACCCGUGUCUCCUCCUCCUCGACAAACGAAGAAGAUGAGUGCGUGCACUGACGACGUCAAGGCCGUGACCUGCACAGUCAAACCUCCGGUCUACCUGCACAUCGGAGAAACCAAACCGGACGCGGCUCACUCUGGCAUUUGUGUGGUCGAUGUCACGCUCCCCUUCGGGAAGCCCGCCAGCAUUGAGGAAAUCACCUUUAAGAACUACUACACAGCCUCUGUGACCGUGCGUCUGUUGAGGAGGGGCCCCGGGCAGGAGGCCCCCGCCAAAUGGUGCACUGCCCUGAGGGACCUGCCCCUGAUGGACAACCCCCACACCGAGAGGGGCUCCCAGGACUACUGCACCAUCCACAGGACGCAGAUGAAGGCGGAGCCAGAUCACGUGGUGUCAGUGCGGCUGAUCCUGAGACAGCCGUCCUCCGCCUGGUUGACCUUCAGCAUCGGUGACGUCAAAAUAUUCCCUCGCGCGGAGCCGGACCCAGAGAAGGAGGUUUCUGAUUGGCUGUCUGACCUGACCCUGGUGGACCAACACUCUGACCUGGAGGGCCUCCCUGACCCGCAGACUGUCUCAUCCAGUAUCCAGCAAAUGUGGGCUCUGACCGAGGUGAUGCAGACCAACCAGACCUCGGCCUCCAUCGGACGAUUUGACGUUGAUGGAUGCUACGAUAUCAACUUACUCUCGCUGACGUAAGGUGGUCUUCGAUCUCUCGCCUGCACAUGAAGCUCACUUUAUGGAAGACAACGGAAAGAAUAAUGUUGACGACCUAUAAAAUGAAUACUGCAAGAUUUUUCCUGCUUUGGAAACAUAAAACAUAAGUUUCAGAGAAGAUCAAAGAAAAAAAUGUAAUGUUAUGUGUUGCUGGAUUCUCUGGGCACGAUGUCACAGUGACCAUGAAAAUCAGAAAACUGCUAUUUUUAAAAAAAAUUGAACACAGACUCAUGUUAAAGUAAAGAUCGAAAAAUCGUGAUUUAAUUCAUUGUGACAUGCUUUUUUGAUUGUUUUUUAAAAUUAUUUUCAGGUAAGAGAUAAAAGUAUUACACCUGUUUA